AUGUCGUCGCUCAAACAACGCAAGGAAGAUUUUGUUACUGGCUUAAAUGGUGGAUCGAUUGCAGAAAUAAAUCUGGUGACCUCAAUCGCUUUGACGGCGUAUAUUUGUUGGAAUCUUCUCUCAGUUUGCUCCAAUGCCAAUAUAUUCGCGGACUUCGCCCUCAAUUGGAUCUGUCUCCUCCUUUCAAUCACUACUUAUUCCAGUGAUAUCGCAUUGCUACAGAUAUUGAUUAUUAUACCCUGCCUAAUAACGGUUUUCCUAUCUAGAAACAACAAGAGGCAUCCUAAGAACGAACCAAGAGGUAAAGAUAAACGGUUAGAUACAUUGCGGUUGACCAGAAAGCCGUUUAUAUCCGCAUACCGUGGUCAUAUGCUUGUUCUUACAUCACUGGCAAUUCUAGCUGUGGACUUCCAGAUAUUCCCACGUCGAUUCGCGAAGGUGGAGACCUGGGGAACGUCUCUUAUGGACCUUGGAGUUGGCUCUUUUGUGUUCAGUAACGGUCUUGUGUCCGCGAGAGUCCUUUUAAAGCAGAAAUCAGACCCUUCCGUCAGACCAAGUGUGCUUAAGCGAGUGCUUAGUGCCUUGAAAUCGGGCGCCGCACUUUUAAUAUUAGGAUUGUUGAGACUGUAUUUCGUUAAGAAUCUCGAAUAUCAAGAGCACGUUACUGAGUAUGGAGUUCAUUGGAACUUUUUCAUGACGCUAGCCCUUUUGCCGCCGUUCCUUGUUCUGGUGGAUCCUAUAGCUGAUAGAGUUCCCCGUUGCAUCAUUGCGAUGAUAAUAUCAGUUGUUUAUGAAUUUAUUUUGACGAAAGGCGAGGGAGUCCUGGAAUAUUUGAUCUUGGCUCCUCGCAACGGCUUUCUGAAUGCCAACAGAGAAGGAAUUUUCUCUUUCUGGGGUUAUUGCUCUAUAUUUCUCUGGGGCCAAACGGCAGGGUUUUAUCUUCUUGGUGACAAACCGACCAGGAAUAAUUUGUACAAACCUUCAGUGGACGUCCUCUGCCGUCCUGCUGGUGAUAUGGAGCGGAGAGUGUGGGAUAAGAUAACUACGGUCUCGCCUUUAGGAGGGCUAUUCUUUUGGGCCUUUGUCGGAAUUGCGAUAACCCAAGUCACUAUGGCUUUUGAUCCCUACUACGUCUCCCGGCGGUUCGCAAAUCUUCCUUACGUUUCCUGGGUUAUGGCUUACAACACGGGAUUUUUACUCUGUUACUGCUUGAUCCACAAAUUAUUCAGCGGUUACAAGAGAGAGCAAGAGGUUCCAGAGACUCUGGACGCCGUUAACAGUAACGGUCUAUUCACAUUUCUGCUAUCGAAUCUACUGACUGGCUUCACAAAUAUGUCUACCUCGACCAUAGAUGCUUCAAGCAAAAAGGCCUUAGCGGUAAUGAUGGUUUAUGCUAUCGCAAUUGCCGUUAUUUCAACGUUUCUUUACAAGAAGAAAAUAUACAUCAAGCUGUAA